AUGGACUUCUCAGACGCUUUUCGGCUCGUCAAUCUCGGCGUGGGCGCGCUCAUGGUGUUUAGUGGGAUAUGGCACAUCUUUCCUUUCCACUUUUCUGACCUGAUGGUUGGUAUCUAUGUGGCAGUCUUUGGGCUAGCUACCGCGCUUCUUGAAUUCCAAAUUCCUCCUCAACUCUCGAGAUAUGCCUCUUUCCUGUUCUCCUUCAUUGGCCGAGGAAUCUUUUACAUCUUCGUCGGAUCCAUCCUUCUCGAUUCGCAUACUACAAACAAUAUUUUCGGUGCCGCAAUUGGACUUGUAGGCGUUGCCUAUGUCGUUCUAGAAUUCAUUCCUUCGAUUGAGCCACCUCAAAACAUGAGGGAAGCCGAUGGAGGCUGGGGUGCGGAACAAGUCUAA